AUGGAGUACCAUGCUGUUCGCCUGCCUUUUCCGAACGUGCACAUCACCACUACUCACGUUGCCACCGCACGGUCGCACAUGCCGACCCCGUUCCUACUGCUGGACACGCCUGUUUUUGGCGGCGAGGAGGAAUUUGCCGCAGCGCCGGUUUGUUUCGAGAAAGCAGUUCAAGCCCUGGAGAUGGUGGACCGGCCUACUGUUCUGGUCGACCCAGCAGGCGGCUGCUUGGCAGCAACAGCCCAUCAUGACGCGUGCGGCCCCCAUCCGGGUGCGCAAAACGACCCGACCAGCGGUGACCCAGAUGGCCACGGCGGCCGGCGGCCCUCGGGAACAAACUUUGAACUGCAGGAGCAGCAACAACAGCAAACUCCCAAUUUGCAGGCUGCCCGCCGCGUGAGCUCUCUAGCGCCCUCGCCUCCAGCAAGCCAACUGACCGGCAGUGCAGGGGACCAUUUCUUCCCGGCGCUGCCGUACGACCAAACAGCCAGUGCCGCAGACUCGGAGUGUGCGGACGCGGCGGAGAGCGGCGGCCCCAGCUUCUGGCAGCCCCAGGCGCCGCAUCUGGAUGAGUCUGCUGCUGCUACUGCUGCUGCCGCUGCUACUGAACCGGCGAACACGGCAGCGGGGGGGUGUCCAAUCGGAGCUCUGACGGGCGCCGCGGGGGCGGAUGCAGCCGCCUCCUCUGGUGGUGCUGCACUGCAGGAUGGCGCGGUCCCCGCUGCCCCAGCCCCCCCUGCCGCAGCCGCCGCCGUCGUCGUCAGGGCGUUCCACCACAAGACCGGCGGCCCCUGCGACCACUGCGGAGCCACCGAGUCGCCACAAUGGCGCCGGGGGCCCCCCGCGAAGCCCAUGCUCUGUAACGCCUGCGGCACGCGCUUCAGACGGACCAAUCAGCUCAACCCGGCCGUGGCGAUCGCGCCCGCCGGCAGAGCAACGGCUGCUGCUUCGAUGGCGGGAGGGGGCGGUGCUGCCUCCACGGCGGCAAAGCGCAAUGCAGCAGCGAAGCGUGACCCGCCUUACAUUGCGAGCACGAGCGUGAAGCGCGGCCGCUCGUCUUCCGGGUACUGA